AUGACUGUGAAGGGUUUUUGGAAAUUCUCCAAAGAAGAGAAAGUUAGGAAAAUAAGGGUGGAGAAUCUUCGAGCAUCAGAAGUCAUAUCGUUAUUAUCAAGAAACGAAAAACUACAUGUAGAUAUUAACUCUGCUUUUUUUAGCAUAUUUGAAAGAUAUUAUCUUCGUUGUAGCGAAUAUGAUUCUGAGAAAAGAAAGGAAAGCGCAGCCUUGAGUGUAUUGGAAAGGCUUGAUCAUAUCCUUGAUAAACAACAGUGCAUCCUUUACACCGACGGUAUAAAAACAGCAGAAAGAAUGCGUGCCUAUCGUAAGAGAUUGGAUGAUAAACUGUCGACUCAAGAACGAUUGGAGAAUAAAAUUGAGUAUUUUCAAAAAGAAAAGGCUACCAAAGAAGACUUUGAUAGGUUGAUAGAUCUUGCUACGAAUAUGUUCCGCAUUAGUGAUUUUGUAGAAAGCUCAUUUUGCAUUAAAGCAAAGCAAGAAGGAUGGGAUAUUGUCCGUGCUGAGGGUGAAGCAGAGGUGCAUAUAGGGCGUAUUACUGGCGCUGUUGUUGUAUCGAAUGAUUCAGACAUGAUUUUUUAUCCUAAUGUUAAAGCAGUCAUUUCUCCACGUCCGGAAGGUUGUUAUUUCAUCUAUAAAAAGCAGACAGUACUUGAUGAUUUAAAAUUGUCACAAGAAGCCUUCACGGCAUUAGGUACACUUUCGACGAAUGAUUACGACGACGAUCCUUUUUCAAUAGUAGAUGACGAUAAUUUGUUGCCUACUGAAGGAUAUGUUUACGCACAAUGCUUUAGAAAGAAAUACCAUCUAAUGAAAAACAUAUUAUAUCCUAUCGUUACUCAGGCGCGCUCUUCCAAGGAUGAUCACUCAUCGCGCGCCCGUUCUUCCAAUCCCAAAAACAAUGCUUAUCGUUCCCUUGCUACAAGCAACACUAAAACCUCUCGGCUUUCAAGGCCUUCCAUGAGCAAUCAUAAAGGCUCUUACCACCAUCGUCAUGUCACAUACAAUAAUAAUGAAGAGACCGCGCUGGGUGUACGGCGAUAUAUAGAGCUGUUUCUGCAGCAGAUGAAUAAGAAAACCGGCAAGCAUGUUUGCUUUGACGAUUAUAAGCGUUCCUACAGAGUUUUCGUCCUCCAACAAGAACACUUAUCCCAAUACCCGACGAAGAGAAGGCAUUACUGA